AUGAGCGUCGUCGCCGCCCAGCAGCCGUCCAAGACGUACCUGCUCGUGGACAAGAAGCCGUUUUUCAAGCACUUUUAUCCAAAAGAUGUAGCCAUUUUGGCUGUCCGGUCGGCUGCACUCCAGGGCAUGAUGGUGCUGAAUGCGUACAUGGCUACAUUGGACCUCGACGUGUCGGACGAGUCGAGUGACGACGACUUUGAGGACGUGCAUGUCGCUGUCGAGGAGAAGGAAGAGUUUGUACCGCCGUCGAUGGAAGAGUUCAGUCUCGCAAGUGCCAAGUCGUUCGGCAAGUCGCUCAGUAUUACGACAUACGUGCGCUCGCUGGAAGAGGUCGCGCUGCGCUACUGCCGUCCGCAGAUUGUCAGCAAACUCAUCAAAGACAUCAGCAAGUCCGCUACGCGCAAGUACGCACGCACGUCGAGCAAGAUAGCAUCUGCGGCAUUGAUGGUCAAAACGGGCAUGCGUGCGAAUGUGCUGAGUCACGUUGCUAUUUUUCUGGUGGAAGAGACCCAGCAGCUCAUUUUCAUUCUCUACCGACGCUUCAUGUCGAGAAGUAAUGGACACGGGCACAAGAAGAACCUGCGCUCGAUUGAGGAGGGCGUCCAGAGCACGGAAGGCGAGGACGAGGAGGAUACGCUGGCGACGUUCGUGGCCAGCACCGGUCGCAAUGCUUCUCGGUCGGCACUGGCCGUCAUCACAGGAGGGAUCGGUGCAGCUGUAGGCACAGCAGUGCGACCAGGUGUUGGCACGAUGAUUGGUGGCACACUCGGCGACUCGAUCGCCUACGUAUUGUUUUAG